AUGGUGACCACCAGUCGCCCUCAAUUUUUCUGUACCCGGCCUGACGGGACUUUGACCCCACUGGUAGCUGUUGAUGAGCUGCCCUCUAACGUCACCAUCCGCGGUGUCUCUCGCACUCUCAAUGCUGGAGAAACCCAGGGUAUGACCAGCUGUGGCCUGGCUACCCAGCGUUCUGAAUCUUGGUCUGUCGACGGGGUCACCCAGUCCUCUGAGCGUGAGGCUGGAAAGGAACCUUUGCCUGAUAUGCACAGCCUCUUGCUGCAGGUUAUCACCAACAAAAAUGUCCCUGAGCCCAUGCGAGCAUCGGCGCAAGCCAUCCUCUUCCAGGGAAUCGACAGCCCUCGCGGGCUUGGUGGUCAAGGCACUCCUGCAAAUGGAUUGUCACCAGUUGCGUCAACCUAUUAUGUGAAGAACCCCCAGAUGGGAAAUAAACAUGCCCCGAGCUCCAAGAAAGAGUACUGUUCGUACUGGAUUCGUCACGGCGAGUGUGACUAUUCUCAGCAAGGCUGUCUGUACAAGCAUGAGAUGCCCACUGAGUUCCACAUGAUUGAGAAACUUGGUCUCCGCGAUAUUCCCCGCUGGUACCGCGAGAAGCACAACGUUCAAAGUUUUUUGCACCCGAACCGUACACAGCUUGCGAUUGCGCCUCAGCCGCCCAUGCGGGCCCUACUAUCCCCAGCUUCUCCAGCCAACGAGAGCUGCGCCAGCAAAAUGUCCACCAUGAACGCCAACCCAAAGCUGAACAAGUCUCCCCCCCAGUUUAACAAGUCCCCUCCCCGAGGACCAGCUAACCGUGGAGGUCACAACGGGUUUGUUAACCACAAUCAGAAUCGAGGUGGAGGCCGUACUGGCGCCCCGAAUGGACACCAUGGCAACAACUGGAAAGGUACCCACCGUGGUGGCCGUAACCGAACCAUGGGCCCUGUUCGUCACGGCAUUAACGGCGAGCGUGACGGUGAGUGUGACGGAGAGCAUAGCGGCGAGUGUUCCCCGGGCAUGGAAUCCGCCCCAGCUACCUACGAUUAUCAAUCUCAUGGAUAUGGCGGUAACCAAGUUUGCACCCCGACUACCCCGGCCGCUUUUCCGGUCACGGUUCCAAUCACAAUCUCGACUACUGGUCAUGUUUCUGCUCCCAUGACUGCCCAGCAAUCUCUUUUGGACGACGGUAACUCCCUCAACCGUAAUGCAUACUGGAAGCUCAAUGAGCUGACCGAUUGUAAUCAAGAUAUGUUCGAAGAUGCCUCGAACAAGUCGGUCGAGCCCCAUCACCGCAUCCAGCCCCGCCACGUGUACCAGCACAGCUCGAACCCUUCCUCUGAUGGUGGCGUCAUGCUCCCGAAAGAGCCCACUGUGACUUACGACUCGAACUUCGGUGUUUUCGCUCGAGUUGAUAUUCCUUCUCGCAAGCAGUCUGACUCCAGCGAAUCUCACGAUACCAUCCAGAGGAACUAUGGUCCUUCCACUCCCCGGAUUGGAGAUCUUCAACUCACCGACAACGUGCCCUUGAACUCCGCCGACACCCGUGUCACUUGGGGUCCCAUUGGAGGUCCUAUUCUCAAGCGUACUUCGCCUCCUGCCGAGAACAUUGCACACAUGUUUGGUCAUUACUCCAACAACCUCCACAGCAGCUAA